UUUAAGACCGAGUGACUGGGUCGCGUAAGGCUGCGCGCCUGUAGACAGGGGCUUCAAGUCUUGGACCCUGGGGCUUCUCCACGCAGCCGCUAUUCUCCAGGCAGCCCCAGCGCCUUGCGGCGCCCUUUACCUGUGGCUCCACAGCUCUCGCUCCGGCCUUGCUAGCUCGCCCUCCGGGCUCCGGGCAGCUCCUCUGGAAGCCCGCAGGGAACUCUCGCGCCUCGCGCUCCCGCGGCGCCCAACGGGGUCCGCCGGGGCCAUGGUGCCCUCCCCUGCGAAGCCCGGCUCCGCGCAGGGGACGAGCGAGACAGAGUCGCUCGGCCCCGCGCCCAUGGGGGCUGCUCCGCUGACGGGCCUGGGACCCUCAGACGGUCCGGAGGCGGCCGCCGAGAAUGUAGAGGUAGAGUUGGCGGGGCCGGCGGGUGCCGAGCCCCCUCAGCCUCCCGAGGGCGGCUGGGGCUGGCUGGUGAUGCUGGCGGCCAUGUGGUGCAACGGGUCGGUGUUUGGCAUCCAGAACGCCUGCGGGGUGCUCUUCGUGUCCAUGCUGGAUACCUUCGGGUCCAAGGACGAUGACCAGUUGGUCUUCAAGACAGCUUGGGUAAGUUCUCUCUCCAUGGGGAUGAUUUUCUUCUGCUGCCCAAUAGUCAGUGUGGUCACGGACAUGUUUGGCUGUCGGAAAACGGCCGUUGUGGGCGCUGCCGUUGGAUUCACUGGGCUCCUGUCCAGUUCUUUCGUAAGUUCCAUCGAACCUCUGUACCUUACCUAUGGAAUCAUAUUUGCCUGUGGCUGCGCCUUUGCAUACCAGCCUUCAUUGGUCAUUUUGGGACACUAUUUCAAGAAGCGCCUUGGACUGGUGAAUGGCAUUGUCACUGCUGGCAGCAGUAUCUUCACAAUUCUGCUGCCUUUGCUUUUAAGGGUUCUGAUCAACAAUGUGGGCCUCUUUAAUACACUGAGGGUCCUCUGCAUCUUCAUGUUUGUUCUCUUUCUGGCUGGCUUUACUUACCGACCUCUUACUUCCAGUGUCAGAGAGAAAGAGAGUGGAAUCAAAGGAGGCAAAAGAUUCUCCCUCUUUUCCAGGAGAAAGUUCAGUCCUCCAAAAAAAAUUUUCAAUUUUGCCAUGUUCAAGGUGACAGCUUAUACAGUGUGGGCAGUUGGAAUACCACUUGCACUUUUUGGAUACUUUGUGCCUUAUGUUCACUUGAUGAAAUAUGUGAAUGAAAGGUUCCAAGAUCAAGACAACAAAGAGGUGCUUCUCAUGUGCAUUGGCAUCACGUCGGGGGUUGGACGGCUGUUCUUCGGCAGGAUUGCAGACUACGUGCCUGGCGCAAAGAAGGUGUAUCUACAGGUUCUCUCCUUCCUCUUCAUCGGCCUCAUGUCCAUGAUGAUUCCCCUGUGUAACGUCUUCGGGGCCCUCAUCGCUGUCUGCCUCAUCAUGGGCCUCUUCGACGGGUGCUUCAUUUCCAUCAUGGCCCCCAUUGCCUUCGAGUUGGUCGGCGCCCGGGACGUCUCCCAAGCGAUUGGAUUUCUGCUCGGAUUCAUGUCUGUGCCCAUGACUGUGGGCCCACCCAUUGCAGGGUUACUUCGGGACAAGCUGGGCUCCUAUGAGGUGUCAUUCUACCUUGCCGGGAUACCCCCCCUGAUUGGAGGAGCUGUCCUUUGUUUUAUCCCGUGGAUCCACAGUAAGAAGCAGAGAGAGAUCAGUAGAACCACUGGAGGGGAAAAGAUGGAGAAAAUGCUGGAGAACCAGAACUCUCUGCUGUCGAGUUCAUCUGGAAUCUUAAAAAAAGAAUCUGACUCUGUUAUUUAAUGCCUUACAUACCUCCACCAGACUGGGCUUGCUUUCAGAAGUUUAAGCAAGUUUUCCUUUUAUAUGAAUUGCAAAUUUCUUAUUUUUUUAAUCAUACCCUAAGAAUAGCACAAUAAUGGGAAAUAGAACCAUUAUUACUGUAAGAACCAUUUUCUGCCACUGAAUCGCUGUCUGAUAUUUCUGUGGGUCUGAGGGCAGAGACUCUGGUACAUGAAACCAUGUCUGGAAGUCAAAUAAUAUGAGAACUUGGAUCUGUUUCAGUAAAAAGCAGCUUUGGAAACUGAAUGUUAUUUAGCGUCUACAAAUAUUUAAAAAUACCUCAAGCUAUACUGAAAAGGUUGCAAUUUGGUUAGGCCUGGAAAUAUUGUUUGUUGUCUCACAUGCUGUUUUUAGUUCUGGUAUCUAUAUUUUAAUUUCUUCUCAUAUUUGGAAAGUUUUUUCAAAAUUUAAGCCUGGAUUCUAGGUAAUGUGAGACACACCUAAACCUCAAGUCUGUGUUCAAGUCACUUGCCUGUCGAACAGGCUGUGGGACGCAGCUCUGAUGCACUCUGGGGUCAGGACCCUCCUGGGGCAGACGCUGACAGUGUUUCUGUGAUCAGCAUGUGAGAUGGAAAGGACCCUGUGCGUACGGGCAGAGCAGCUCAAAAAUCAGGUAUUUCUUCCCUUUUCCCCUUGGGUUUGCAGUGUGUUUUACUCAAGUAGCCAGAAACACCCCAAAUUUCUGAAUUUGUUUAAAUUGUAACAAUAAAGUAAAAUAGAAUGAAUGAAAGACACUCUGGCAAUAUUAAUGUAGAAUUUUUUCUCACUUCUGAAUUUGUUAGCACUAGGACCUGAUAUUUAAACAAAAUCUUAUUGAGCAUGUUGUCAAGUUGCAGCGGCAGGCACACGGGAGAAAAUCUUUGUGUUUGUGAGUCUCUGUUUCUGACGACACAGUUGCUCACAUUGGUUUAUGAAAACAGUGGGUCUUGAAAGGUUGAAAGCAUUUGUAAGGAGAAACAACUGCUACAUUCCCAAGACUUUCUGGCAGAAAUUUGCAUUCAUGUGUAUUUUUCCUAGUGUGUUCCCCAUUAAUGUUCCCCAUACUUUUUCCUGUUUACACACAGAUAAUUGUAAAGAAGCUAUUAGAGUUUUAAGGACCCAAAAUUAAAACCCAAGUCAUGUCAUGACCCUAACUCAUCUACAAAAAAAAAAAUGGGACACGUUCCCAGUCCCUGGAAUUAUGUUUCAGUGCAUUUUUGUUCCUUAUUUAGAAACAAAAUAAUAUGCAAAUAUAUUUAAAUCCUAAAUGUAGAUAUAUAUUAGAUUUUCCUCAAAUGUAGCUUUUUCAUGUGGGAAGAAUGUUGCCCUUUUCUAAAGCACCUCCAGGAUCCACCUGUUUCUAAAUUCCCCAUAGGGAGGAAAACUCCAUUAUCUCCUCACUCCACUUUGCAGCUACUGUUGUUUCUGAAAGGCAGAGCAGUCCCACUUCCACUUGGCAUCUGGAGCUAAGGAGCGGUGCCUGGGAAGCAUAUGGGUUUGUAGUCGGUAGGGACCCAAGAGGCGGCACACCAGAGGCUGGAGGGAAGUGUGGCUAUUAUUUAAGUAGUUAGAAAACCCAGUAACUUUCCUUUCAGUAUCAACUUUCUUAUCUGCGAUCUUGAGAGUUCAAAGUAUAUAAACAUUGAAUUUGGAAUGAUUUUUAGUAGGAUUUUAAAUAAUUUUGUGAAAACACUCAGCAACUUACUACUUCCAAUAUUUUCAUGUUUCAUGUUUAGGGGACUUAGGUAAUUUGUUUUUCAGAAGUUUCUGUUGCAAACAAACAAAAACCCCACAAAUUUACAUUUGAUCACACUGCCCUCUUAUAUUCUUAUUUUAAACUUUUAGAAAAUGACUUAGAGGUGAUAUGAUACGUGAUUGGGUUUUUCAUUUACUCAUGCCUAGUUAUAAAAACAUCAUUUCCUCAUUAACAGUGCUUUCGAGAUAGGUAAGAACAUAUAACUAAGACCAAUCGUAAAAACUGCCUGAGACUCCUAGGACUCGCCCAUCUGCAACUUUAUAGAAAGAAUAACUCUAAAGUAGAAUAUUUACUCAGUAAGGACUUCCAAAGUACUUUCCUUUCCAAAUUUGGCUGAUUUUAGGGGGGAGAGGUAAUCUGAAACUCGAAGACUUGACCUUGCUUUGUUAGUUUUCAUAAUAAAAGAAAAGUCACUUAAGUUUUGAUCAUAAAAAUUAGAUCUCAGACUAUUACACAUACAAUAUCACAUAUAUGUAGUUUUUAGUCCAGUGGAAUGAGUCAGCUAGGAUCUAGAACACCAGAAAAGCUCUAUUAUGAUAGACUCUUAUGGAGAGUACUGUGCUGUAAUAAUAUAAAGUUAAAAAGAAAACGUAUAAAAAGUAAAAUGCUAAAUUCCAUAAAAUGCAUAUUUAGUAAUAUGUUGUUUGGUACAAAAAGCUCUCAAAGUCUAUGAAGUUCUAAAAGCUCUGCAAACUAAGAAAAUGAAAAAUACAAAUAUCCAUAAAGAUUAGUUUCAGACAGAAAUAUUAAUCUUUCCAUCAAAGUAAAUUAUUUCUAAUUCUGAACAGAGUUUUAGAUGGGGCUAAUUUUUUUUAAGUUAAAUUCAGACACUAUUUUGAGAGGAAAAUAACAGAGUCAGAACUCUGCUUUCCAGGUCAUCAUCCUAUUUCUGACAGCACUCCGUAAAUUCUCACAUUUACGAGUUUCUUGCAUUUGAGGUCAACGAUAACAUAAAAAGGGGAACAAUUAGUGUUCUUCUCUGCAGAGAUGCUGGAUCAGAUACACAGGUAGCCGAUGCCCAAGGAUGUUCCAGAAAAGGUUUGGUUAAAUUUUAUUGCAGUGGAUAUUGUUGGGAUCCAUCCAUUUCAGGCUAUUGAUACUUUAUUUAAAGUCUAUAAAUCGCUUUGAUAUAGUUGCAAUGCUUAGUCUAUAGCCCUACUACAGGACUUGUGAUUUUCACUGAAAAUUGCAUAGUGAUUGCAUUAAACUUUCAAUUCUGUUCAUUUGCAUUUCAUGAUCCGUACAUUAUCUGUUUGUGGGUGAUCCCAUGGGCUCUGCCCAAGUGUGGAGAAACCUUUAAUGCUAUUAGCUUCAACUUUUCACACAUUUAAAGUAAAUAUACAAUUGUAAUUAUAAACUAAACAUGUCUUCUCUCGUAUUAUCUUCAUCCUUAUCAUUCUUUUUCCCUUUACUUCCCCAUAUCCUUCAAAUAUCUGCUUUCAACUGAGAGUGCUAAUGGUAUACAUUGAAAUUUUUUAAAAUUAUGUGAUUAAAAUUUGGGGGGGUAUUAAGUUUCAUAUAAUUGGCCUCCUUUGUGCUAACAUAUAAAACUUUAUUGAAAUGUUUAAGGUUAGUGCUUUCAGAGAAAAGACUGUCAAGUUCUUAGCAUACAUAUUUUUGAAGGGCAUAAUUUUUUACUUUGAUUGUCCUAUUCCUUUAAAGUUUUGCUAAAUCUUAGUCCUGAGAGCACACCGUGGAGGGUGCCUUGGGCUGUGGGGGCCUCCUGGAUGCGGUCCCCGGGGAGCCUGCCUCUGGCUGGCUCACACUUGGUGGGUUUAGGGGCACAACACAAAGGGGAAGGGAUGAGCUAAUUAGCUCCAAUUUUUAAAUAUGUAAAUGACUUAAAUAAGUCUUUAAAACUUAUUUAAACCCUUUCAGAAAUUCCAGUAAACCCUUUCUGAAAACUUUAUUGUUGCUGCCAUAAACAUUAAGGAGCAAUUUCUGUAUUAGAUUAAAGAUUGUUGCUUUUUUCCAGUACGCAAAAGUGGGAGGAAAAGAACGUUAUUUCUUUUUACAUCUGUAGUAAUUUUAAUUGGAAAGACAAGUGGUGUCUUGGCUAACAGAAAAAUGCACCAUUCAUAUAGCUUAGUUAACUCUUUAAAAAACUCAAACCUUUUGCUUUGUCACUAAAACAAUGAUUUGCCAUUCACAACGGCGAUGUGGUGUGUGGAAUAAGAGCAUACCAUAGGAGGAGGGCUUGUCUCUUUACUGACAGUCAUUCAUUCUGCCCAUGUUACACUCACCGAUUAUUUUGUUGCUGAUGAUUUGGUAAAAGGAAAAUAAGACCAUCUAGAGUCGGAGAAUGGUUCGGGGGCCGGGAUCGAUCUCAAGGCGGACAGCAACAACAGGCAGCUCUGGGCUCACCAUUAUUUCAUAGCCACGGCCACGUUCAUCAUUUCAGUUGCUGGUGGAGGCUAAUGCUUUGGUUUAUAAACACACUGGAGAGUGAAAGGUUGCAGUGCUCAGGAAUAAAGGGCCAGAUGCCCAGAGCUAAAUGUGAGACCUGAAUACAGCUCAGAACCACAGCUGCUGAAGUGUCAUAAAUGUGGACUUAGCAGAUGGCUGGCUCCUUCUAAGACAGUGAAGACCCGUGGAGCAAUAUUGCCAUAUCUUCGAAUCACUCAAAGAAACCUUGAAAUCUGGGACAUAGUAGUUUACUUAGCUAGUUCUUUGUUAAAUUAAUCCAUUUUUUAAGUAGUGAACAUUAAUCAUUUUGACCCCCACACAUUCACAGAAAUCCCCCAUGGUAUUAGUUUCUUGACAGAUGUAAGACUACCUCAUUUUUUUUUAUGACACGGAAGAGUUUAAUUUUUUAUUAUGACAUUGGAAAGAUACUGGGAAUUAAGUAAAACCUUUUUGAGUACUUGACCAUGACACUCUCAAUUCUGGGAUGACGAGGCGAGGGGGUGCAAGGAGUUAAGGGGGUCAAAAUAGUAAAAUUUCUUAAGUGCUUUGUUCCGACAAACAGAUAUAAAAGGAACAGAAAAUGACCAUUAACUAAUGUGGCCUGUGGAUAAUCUAACAAAGGAAAGAUCUGUGUGUAAUACUGAACACUUACUAAAUGCUUUACCCACAGCUUUUCCAAUUAGACGGGCAGCCUGACGAUGAGGUUUUGUUCUCAUUCGUGUUUUCUUUGGCAGGAUGGGGGGUGAUCGAUGACAACAGAUUGUAUGCUUGUGCCUUAACUCAAUAACUUACAUGUUGAACUUCUAUAAAAGGCCCACUUUUCCUAGUGGUAAGGAUUUUUUGUCUCUGGAGUCUUUGAAAAUGCUGUUGUUGACUGUAUCUAUGGUGUGGAGGUUAACCCACAAGUUCCCAAGUGAAUUAAAGAUGUUUCCAGCCUCUCAAUAUUAGUUCUGUGGGAGGGGCAUUUUGGAGUUGAACGUCACUGAGCAUGUGAGUGAGAGGAACUAUCUAUAUAAAAUAACAUUAAGAAAUCAAAUUAGGUAUGUAAUACUAUUUUGAGGCCUCUAAUAUACAGAGCGCAGCAAAAGUAGGUUUGUAAUUGUUUGUAUAGGAACUAAUAUAAUAAUAAAUAAUAAUAGAAGCAUAAACUCUGUUUUGUGUACUCACAACUGUAAACUUACUUUUGCCCCACCCUGUAUGACUUUUAUUCUUUACCAGAUAGUAGUACUUUCCAGUAUCUGUCAGUUAUUGAAGGAGUGGAUUUUAAAAGUAUUUUACAUGUGUGUAAACACAAACCUGUUUUUCCUGUGGCCUGCCCUCCGUGCAGUCUUCCGUGGUGUGCUCUGGCUGGGGUGUGCUGCAGGAGUGGAAUGGGUGAGCGCACCGGUCACUGCUCAGCCUGCAUCGGUGCGUGAUUUCAGGGACUGGGGCUCCUUGGCGAGAGUGCUGUAUUCUGACCCCAGGCUAUGAGCUGGUGGUGGUCCUGGUGCCUUUUUCCCUCUACCAAAGAAAGAUUCAAUCACGAUUGGUGCUAAAUUUCAUGCUUCUUUCAAAAUUAUUUUUUCUCUUAAAGUAUGUAUAACACAACAGGAAGUGUGAGACCCAGCAGCGCUGCGUAUGUUGCAUGUUGUGUGUGCAUCUGAGGAAGACACCUGAUCUGUAAGGCAGUUCCUGAGUUCAGAUGUCUACUUGGGGGCGUGUGAUUUUUGUAAACACAUAAGGCUUGAAAGUGGGAAAUGUCAAAGAAAGUGAUCACCAAAUGAAAACAUACUGACGAACAUGGCCUCCAGACAUCUCUGGUCAGUGUUUCUAGCAUGGUGUGAGAUACUAAAAGCAUUCUGUAACUCUGAGGGUAUGUAAAAAAAAAAAUAUGUAUAUUUUACUAUAUAGUUAUAUAUUUACAAAAUAACUUUAAAUAGGUAUUUUAAGGUAUUUCUCAGGCUAAAAUCAGAGUUCUGGGAGUCAUCAGUCUUAAAACUUGGAUAAUGAGUUACAUUUUUAAAAGAAACUUCACACUGAAAGUAUCAUUGUUCAUCCUUCAGAUUUAACCCAGAGACUUAAAUGGUCAGGACUCUGAGUCGCUGUCAGCAGAUCCCAGACCUCUGGGUGAGCAGGGGGGUUGGUCCCGCAUCAUGGCUGUGGCCAUGUGGCCCUGUGGCACUCUCGUAACUGUCCACUCGAUUCCAGGUGGAUGCUGGCCCUAACGGACCUGCCUGCAGGGUUCAGAUGAAGUGGGGACCACAGGCUUUUAUUUAAUCCUGCUGUCUUUUAUAGACUUUGCCUUAACUCUGUUUUAUGAGGAUUUGAUAAAUAUAAAUUAGAAAAAUGAUGGUACACACUAUCAUUUUCCUAAUCAGGAAGACCAUACGUUCAGAAUCUAUUAGAGUUUACUGGAUUCUCUUAGUCGAGAGUGCCUUUCUGCUGUUAACAUGUGGAAGGGAGAAUGGGGGCUUCGUAAUCGGAAGUUACAGUAGAGUGAAAUUAAAUAGCCCUUUAAAAUUACUUCUGAUGUAACUGUUCAUAUACUGUGGUUUGAGAAAUGUAAGCUUGGGCAAGCACGAUGCUGGGUGAAUUUGCAUUCUGUCAGCUUGUUCUCCUGCCGGCUCGUUUACUUCAGCCUGGAAGUUACCGCUGCUGCAGACUGAGCCCUGCAGUACUGCUAAGGGAGAGCCCAGAUACCUUCAGUAUUUCCUAGUAUAAUAUGACCUUUCUCAUGCCAACCUGUUUAAAUAUUUAUCUGAAAAGUAAUUUUUAAAUUAUUUUGCAUAUUUUCAAACUCAGAGAAACAAGGUUUGUCUUAGACGUGAGAACCAAAUUGUUCCGAGGGCGUGCUGAGCCCACGGCGCAGCUCUGCCUCCCUCCCCGGGUACAGGGCGCCAUGCAGGCACAACAGCUGUUCCGAUGCGGAUCUCAGUGUGAAACGAUUGUGUUGGGUCUGAUCAGCAUGCAGUAUUUUAGUAUGUGCCUUUUAAAAAUGUUUCUUUUUAAAGAGUAUAAUUUAGAAUUGAUUUUUAUAAUGUAUAGUUUAAUAUAUAACCCACAUCUUUUGAAUGAAAAGAGCUUUGUAAUCAUUUUACUGUGGAACAAUGUGAUAUAUUCAGUAAAUACAAUAAAAAAAUCUAGCAAAUUUC